AUGCUCCACCAGAUCCUGGAACAAGUGAAGAAAAAUCUCAGCUUGAUUCCUUUCUUUCCUACUAUUGUAAAAGGAGGUACAGGAGCAGCACUGCAUGUGAUGUGCUUAGCACUGUUUAGUCCAGAUGUCAGCUGGGACAGGAAGAAUAACCCAGAGCCUUGGAACAAGCAUGGUCCCAGUGAACAAUGUAUGUUCUACUCAGUGAAUGUAGACUACAACAAACUGAAGAAAAUAGACCCAGACUUCUAA